AUGUGCUCAAAUACAGAACCAGUGAGGCGAGGAAGAAGCGACUCGGUAACUUCUACAACUUCAAUAUCAUCAGUAUUCUCUUCAAGAUCUUCAUCUUCAAGUUCAAGACCAAAAAUUUAUCAUUGUGAUUAUGAAGGAUGUGAAAAAGUAUAUUCUAGACCUAGUCUAUUAACACAACAUCAAAGAGUUCAUUCAGAUGCAAGACCUUUCCAAUGUGAAUUAUGUGAUCGUGCUUUCUUUAGAGAUUCUCAUUUAAAAGCACAUUUAUUAUCACAUUCUCAAGAAAAACCAUUUAAAUGUUCAACUUGUGGUAAAGGUGUUAAUACUCAACAACAUUUAAAACGUCAUGAAAUUACUCAUACAAAAUCUUUUAAAUGUGAUCAUGAAGGUUGUGAAGAAUCUUUUUAUAAACAUCAACAAUUAAGACAUCAUAUUCAAUCAAUUCAUUUGAAAACUUUAACAUGUAAAGAAUGUGAUAAAACUUUCCCUAGACCUUAUAGAUUAGCAAAUCAUAUGGAAAAACAUCAUGGUGCAUCACCAGCUUAUCAAUGUACUUUCCCUGGAUGUUUCAACAAUUUUAAAACUUGGUCUGCUUUACAACUUCAUGUUAAAACUGAUCAUCCAAAAUUAUCAUGUAAUAUUUGUGGGAAAGGUUGUGUUGGUGAAGAAGGUUUAAGAAUGCAUAUGAUGAUUCAUGAUUCUGAAACUUCAAUAAAACGUUGGAAAUGUACAGAAUGUCCCUUGGAUUUUUUGAAAAAAGAUGAAUUAUUUAAUCAUUGUAUUAAUGAUCAUCAAUUCAUACCUGCAGGUUUGAAAAAUUUAUUUAAAGAUGAAAUUAAUGAUCCAAUAACUCCUCCAGAGCGAGUUCAAUCCCCAUUAGCAAGUUCUGCUAAAAUACAAAAUUUCAUUUCAGGUAAAAAUUCAUCAGUAGAUUUAUUAUUAGGUACUGUGGCAAAACCUGAAAAGACAAUUUCUUGUACAAUUAAAUCAUGUUCCAGGAUGUUUAAAAAAGAUUAUGAUUUACAAAGACAUUUAAUUUGGCAUGAAAAGCAAAAAGAACGUUAUAUUAAAGUUUUGAAUGCGAUAAAUGAUGGCAAGGAACAAGAACAAGAACAACAAUAA